AUGUACAAUUAUCCCCAAGCUUUUUCCGCUUUGAGCCCUCGCGCUCGUGUAUAUUGUCGGGUCCUGGGCUCAAAGAUCUCCACUCUACUUCAACCCCUUGUCUUGAAUCAUGUACUUUUAGAGACGAUGGUCAAUAGAAUAACGUGCUUUGUGCCACAUGAUUACUUUUUGGUUUCUUCAAACGUAGUUUCAUUCGGCGUGACAGACAUUGGCGAGACUCGAAUCGUCAUUACAUCCCCAGACUUGAUAAUGACCCUGGCAGACGAGAACCAGGCGGCGCGCCCUCUGCGGACCGCGUCGCGCUUUACAGCACGUUGA